UCUCGCUGACAGAUACGAGAAUUAAUGUCAGGCAUAUGGCAACUCAAACUGAGUAUUAAAUUUAGCAAAAAUUUAGAGUGUUGGGUGCCGUUAGCCGAGUCGUUCGUGAGACUGGAAAUGAAUUGGUUACUGUAUCUGGUAGCCUGCUUAGCGGCAUGUGGCUGCCAGGCGUACAAGAUUCUCGUGGUGUACCCCAUGCCAUCCAGGAGUCAUUCCAUCCUAGGAGAUGGCAUCGUUGAUGCCCUGGCUGAAACUUCUCAUGAGAUAACCUACAUAACACCAUUUCCCCGUGGAAAAACAAACUUCAGGGAAAUUGACUUAAGCUCAAAUUUGGCAAUUUUUCCAGAAAAACUAAUAAACAUAGAGGCCCAGCUGAACAAAACUGGUGGUAGCUUGCAUAACUUUACGUUCUUUAUCGACUGGCUGUCGCAGGCAUCUGCUAAGACUGUGGAACACCCUUCUGUUCAGGCUCUAAUGGCUGACGCUAACGAACAAUUUGACUUAGUUAUCGUCGAGUGGGUUUAUUAUGAACUGUUGGCCGGUUUUUCAGCAGUCUUUAACUGUCCUUACAUAUGGGUGUCAUCUGCUGACCCGCACUGGAAGAUUGUCAGCCUGGUAGACGACAUAUUGAAUCCAGCGUAUAACUCUGAUGCUAUAUCGAACAAUUUCCCACCGUUAACGUUUGUACAAAGGCUGCAAGAGUUGGGUUUUCUGCUUGGGGGUCUAUAUGUUCAAGAGUUCUUUAUCGACCGUAUUCAGUACAGUGACUUUGACCGGCUCUUCGCCCCUGCGAUUGCCCGCCGAGGUCACCAGGUCCCUUCCUUCACCGACCUCAAGUACAACGCCUCUUUGGUCCUCAGCAAUUCUCACUUGUCCAUCGGAAAAUCUGUCAAACUGCCACCUAAUUUCAUACCUAUUGCUGGAUACCAUAUUAAAAGGAAGGUGGAACCACUUCCAGAGAAUCUCCAAAAAUUUAUGAGCAACGCCAAAGAAGGAGUCAUCUACUUCAGUAUGGGAACCAAUUUGAAGAGCAAGUACAUGCCGGCACAGCUGAAGCAAGACUUGCUGAAGAUGUUCAGUCAGCUCAAAUACUCGGUGAUAUGGAAGUUUGAGGAAGAAAUACCGAAUACUCCAAGCAAUGUGCUUAUAACGCAGUGGGCUCCACAGCAAAGUAUAUUAGCUCACCCAAACUGCAAGCUCUUCAUAACUCACGGAGGCUUGCUGUCCACUACUGAAGCAGUUCAUUUCGGGAAGCCCAUCAUAGUGAUACCGGUGUUUGCCGACCAGUUCAGCAACGCGGACAGAGCUGUUCAGAAAGGCUAUGCGAUCAGGAUAGAGCUUUCUUACAACUUGGCCGAUGAUAUUAGAGCCACCAUAGCAGCAAUACUUAAUGAUCCCAAGUAUGCCCUGAAGUCUAAGGAGCUAUCAUUUAUCUAUCAUGACAGACCAGUGUCUCCUGACAAAGAGAUGGUGCAUUGGGUAGAACAUGUCAUCAAGACGAAAGGUGCUCGCCACUUGAGAUCACCAGCCUUCGGAGUACCUAUGUACCAAAAGCUAUAUUUGGAUCUAUUAGCAAUCAUUGCUAUUGUACUUUAUAUCAUAAUAUAUCUAAUUAAGCGGAUAAUAGCAUAUAUAUUUUGUAGUAAAACAGAGACUAAUAAGGUAGCAAAAAAGAAGAAAAAGCAGUAAUUUUUAUACUUUCUUGUGAUGUUGCAAGUGAUACUGUGGUUUGUAAUUAUUGUGAAAGAGGUAUUUUUGUGUGAAUUUUACUAAUUUUUGAGUAAAUAAUUGGUAUAAUAA